UCCAGAGGAGUGCGACCCCUGACCCGCUGACGAACGUCCUUCUUUGCGCGCAACCGCUGCUUUACACACGUAGCAGCAGCACGCGACCGCUGGCGGAGGCCCAUCCACACCAUUUAUAAAUCUUCUGCCGAGCCGUCGGACGUCCAAGUGAAGCCUCCCUACUAUCUCAGCAUCCUUCCCAGCUGUAGGAAAAAGGGGAAAAGAGAGACGCUAAACAAGUAAAAGUUUUCUUCUGACUCGCGACGAGAGGAGCCGACAUGGAUAGAAAGGACAUUUUGGUUUGGCUCAACGUAAAGGCUGGCGAAAACAUUCUUCACACGACAAAAGAAUGAUAACAUAGUUUGUAGUUUAUGUCGCUUUGUAUGAGAGGACAGGAAAACCUAAACUGUGGGAAAGUUUGAAGCAGGGCUGGCUAUGGCGCGGGAGAGCGAAGACGCCGGGAUUGCCAAGGCUUCAAAAGUCAAAAGGCAAAGAAAGAAGAAAACCAAGGAGAACAAAACCAGGAUUGUCCACGCAAACAUACUGUAUGAUCACGCCAAAGGGGAGGAAAACCCAAACCGACACUAUGCAAACAACAAGAUUAAGACGACCAAAUACACUGUGCUGUCUUUCCUGCCAAAGAAUCUCUUUGAACAGUUUCAUAGAUUUGCCAAUGUUUACUUUGUUUUUAUCGCUUUGCUUAAUUUUGUCCCAGUUGUCAACGCGUUUCAGCCAGAACUUGCCUUGGCUCCUGUAGUUUUUAUUUUGUCCGUCACUGCCAUCAAAGACUUAUGGGAGGACUACAGAAGACACCGGUCGGAUAAAGAAAUCAAUCAUAUGGAUUGUCUGGUCUACAGCAGGGCGGACAAGCGCUAUGUGGAGAAGUACUGGAAGGAGGUGCGGGUGGGAGACUUCAUCAGGCUGCGAUGUAACGAGAUCCUCCCCACUGACGUUCUGCUGCUGAGCUCCAGUGACCCGGACCGCCUGUGCCACAUUGAGACAGCCACACUGGAUGGAGAGACCAACCUCAAGCAGAGGCAGGUCGUCCGCAGCUUCUUUGAACUGGAUUGCGAUUUUGACCCCUUAAAGUACAACAGCAUCAUUGAAUGUGAAAAGCCCAACAAUGACCUGAACAGAUUCCGAGGCUACAUAAUCCAUCGAAGCGGCAGGAGAGAUGCACUUUACAAAGAAAACCUGCUGCUGCGAGGCUGCACCAUCCGUAACACAGAAGAGGCUGUGGGAAUAGUCAUUUACGCAGGUCACGAGACUAAAGCCAUGCUGAACAAUAACGGCCCGCGCUAUAAGCGCAGCAAACUGGAGCGACAGAUGAAUGUAGAUGUGUUCUGGUGUGUCAUCAUCCUGCUGGUCAUGUGCCUGUUUGCGGCUGUGGGUCAUGGGCUGUGGAUGUUUCAGUACGGAGAUAAGAGACCUGUGUUUGACGUUCUCAGUCCAGAGGGGACAGACUUAUCACCCAUCAUGUCAGCCAUUUAUCUCCUCCUCACUAUGAUCAUCGUUUUUCAGGUGCUGAUACCCAUCUCCCUUUUUGUGUCGAUUGAGAUUGUCAAAAUCUGCCAAGUGUACUUCAUCCAUCAGGACAUGGAUCUAUACGAUGAGGAGACAGACUCUCACCUGCAGUGCAGAGCUCUUAACAUCACUGAGGAUCUUGGCCAGAUGCAGUACAUCUUCUCUGACAAGACAGGCACGCUGACAGAGAACAAGAUGGUGUUUCGCCGCUGCACUGUCGCAGGGGUGGAGUACUCACACGAUGCCAAUGCUAGAAGACUUGCUAUGUACCAGGAGAUGGAUUCUGAGGAAGAGGAGUGUACGUCUCACGGUGGCACCUUACCCAGGCGGGACAGUGUGAGCAGCCAUCAGAGCGCCCGGGUGGUGCUGCGCUCCCAUAGCACCAAGUCCCACCGCAGGACGGGCAGCAGGGCAGAGGCCAAGCGAGCCAGCAUCCUCUCCAAGCACACGGCCUUCAGCAGCCCCAUGGAGAAAGAUAUCACCCCCGAUCCUCAGCUCCUAAAUAAAGUCAACGAAUGCAGCAAUCAGAUGGACUUCAUGCGCUUCCACAGCCAGUCCAUGUCCCAGCUGCCCUCUGACCUCUCUGACAUCAUUGAUUUCUUCAUUGCUCUCACCAUCUGCAACACUGUGGUGGUGUCCUCCCCCAACCAGCCCAGGCAGAAGGUUUGGGCUAAAGUUCCCAGUCAGUCCCCAGUCAAGACCAUUGAGGACUUCAUCAAGCGCUUUACUCCUAGCCGACUAACCUCAGGCUCUAACAAGCAGCUCCUCCAGUCUCUUUCUUCCAACAAGGGAUGCUCCAGUGUGCUGUCCUCCCCCUCUGCAGACAGCACCCUCACCAAACUGGAUGAAGAGCAUCCUGGAAGCCUGGAUCAUGCCUUCAGCACCGUCCUGCCCUGCUAUGAUGGGAAGGCCUGCACCCCCGAGGAAGGUGAACUGCGCUACGAGGCUGAGUCACCUGAUGAGGCUGCGCUAGUCUACGCUGCCAGGGCCUACAAGUGCUCCCUGGUCGGACGCCUCCCUGACCAGGUGACCGUGGAGCUACCACACCUGGGGAAGCUGAACUUUGAGCUGCUGCACACUCUGGGCUUUGACUCAACUAGGAAGCGCAUGUCUGUUGUGGUCAGACACCCGCUGACAGAUCAGAUCACAGUGUACACUAAAGGAGCAGACUCUGUCAUCAUGGACCUCAUCAAACCUCCAGACACAGGUAACGCCAAAGGGAAACGCCAGAAAAAGAUUGUCUUCAGGACCCAGAGCUACCUGAACCUGUAUGCUGCAGAUGGCCUUCGUACGCUGUGCAUUGCAAAAAAGAUUCUGAGCAAGGAGGAAUACGCCUGCUGGCUGCAGCAUCACCUGGAGGCUGAGACGUCCAUCCAGGGAAGAGAGCAGCUGCUCUUUGAGUCGGCUCUAAGACUGGAGACAAACCUGCACCUUUUAGGAGCAACAGGCAUUGAAGACCGGCUACAAGACGGUGUUCCUGAAACUAUAGCCUCCCUGAGGAAAGCAGGCUUGCAGAUAUGGGUGCUGACAGGUGACAAACAGGAAACGGCUGUAAAUAUAGCAUAUGCCUGCAAACUGCUGGACCCUGAGGAGGAGAUCCUGACAUUGAAUGCUGAUUCUCAGGAGGCGUGUGCGUUGUUGCUGGAGGAGAGUUUACACUACAUCCAGGCCAAAUUCCUCUGCAGCUCUUCAGACCAAGCCACCAAGACAUUCCACACAAACUUUGCACUCUUUGAGAUUAAUCCCUCUUCAUCUCCAUUGUCCUCCUCAUCCUUUCACACCACUCCCUUCACUGUGCACCGUCUGGGCCUGGUAAUUGAUGGGCGUACCUUGGCCUAUGCCCUGGAUAAGAGUUUGGAGGAUAAGUUUCUGGCCAUUGCACGGAGUUGCCGUUCAGUACUCUGCUGCCGCUCCACGCCACUGCAGAAGAGCAUGGUGGUCAAACUGGUGCGGAACAAGCUGAAGGUCAUGACUCUGGCCAUAGGCGAUGGGGCAAAUGAUGUCAGCAUGAUUCAAGUAGCAGAUGUGGGUGUUGGGAUCUCGGGACAGGAGGGCAUGCAGGCGGUGAUGGCAAGCGACUUUGCUCUCCCACGUUUCCGGUAUCUCCAGAAGCUCCUGCUGGUCCACGGACACUGGUGCUACUCCCGGCUGGCUAACAUGAUUCUGUAUUUCUUCUACAAAAAUGCUAUGUUUGUAGCGCUCAUCUUCUGGUAUCAGUUCUACUGUGGAUUCUCAGGUUCAGCCAUGAUUGACCAGUGGUAUCUCAUAUUCUUCAACCUGAUGUUCUCUGCCUUCCCACAACUCAUCACUGGCACUUUGGACAAAGACGUGUCUGCAGAGACUCUCCAGCAACUACCUCAGCUCUAUGUGAACGGCCAAAACUCUGAGGAAUAUAAGCCAUACAUGUUCUGGAUGAACAUGAUUGAUGCCAUCUACCAAAGUCUGAUCUGCUUCUUUGUUCCUUACUUUGCCUACGCUGGCUCUGACGUGGACUUGUUUACAUGGGGAACUCCCAUAACCACCCUUGCUUUAUUCACCAUUCUUCUGCACUUGGGCAUUGAGACCAAAACCUGGACCAGGAUGAACUGGCUGUCUAUCAUCUUCAGUAUUGCCUUGUUCUUCACUGUGGCUUUGUGCUACAAUGCCUCCUGUCCCACCUGCUACUCCCCUUCUAACCUCUACUGGACCAUGCAGAGGCUGCUGCAGGACCCUCUUUUCUACCUGCUUAGUGGCGUCACGCCUGUUGCAGCUCUGCUGCCCAGAUAUUUCUACAGGGCGUGUCAAGGCACGCUGUUUCCCAGCCCAGUCCAAGUUGGAAGGCAGUUGGACAAACUUCCCGCUGAAACCCGCAGGAACAUCCUCAGCCUAAGCAGGGUCAAGGUGGGGUCACCAGUCCACCUCAAACCUCCCUUCCUGUCCCUCACCAAGCCCUCCCCUAAAGGUUAUGCUAAAAAGGACCAGAGGAGCUUCCCCACCUCUAAAAUAUCACAGGCCAAACAGAUGCCUGUCUUACAAACAGAUGAAGAAAAGGGCCAGAGAAGCCCGGUAGGGCCUAUUGACAGUGAAAAGGGCCUCUUAGAUCUCUACACAUUAGUUCCUACGAAAGUGGACACACUUGCUUCCACCAAAGAAGCUCCUACGUUCGCAAGGGAGCAGCAGAAUCCUGUCACCAAAGACUCAGAGUGUCUUGAUAAGACUUUAGAGUCAUCAGCUCUGAGCCUGUCCAGUUGGAUCACCUCCACACCUCUCCUCACACAGGCAGACAGUGUCCAGCUGGCUCUGCCUCCUCACGGAGGCUCCCAGUGUGUCAAAUACACAAGGAACUCAGAGGAAAGACUCAGCUCUGACCACACUGUUCAUCCAGUGCACAGGACAGAGCAGUCGCUGCACACCACCUUGUGAUGUCGGAAAUCUGUUACUCCAAUUUGCACAAUAGUUUUUUAAAAUCUAAUUUUAUUCUAUUUUUCAAGGAGAUUGUUUUAUAAACGCUACAAAUAGGUACUUUAUGUUUUGGAUGUUUAAAGCUAAAGAUAUUUUUGAGGUUUGGGAGAUGGAAGAACUGGAAUAUCUCCUUUAAAAACGUUAUUUGACAAAGAUGCAUCUCAAAACUUGGACAAGCUUUAAUGUAAGGAAGAGAAAAGUCAAGACAUUCCACUGCUGGGUUAUUUAGGAGCGAAUCAGAUGGCACCAUGGCGCACUUCCCACAGAAACAUGUUUCAUUUUGUCUGUGAGGAUUUGCCUAUAGUUUUAGUACAUUUUCACAGUGGCAUUGGGUCGGUGCACAUUUCGGUCUGAUUGCUGGGUUUACACGUUUUUUUGUACAUUCAACACACUGAAAAUCAUGUUUAUAACUGUCAGAGAGUAAAUCCCAAUGAAUGAGUAUAAGAGAUUACUUUAAACAUAAUCAUACAUUAAGUGCUGCCAAGAACUUUAAAUUUCAGUCUUUAAACAACAAAAAUCUACCAGAAAUUAUGCUGUUUGAGUGAGAGAGACUGUGUGUGUGCCUGUGUGUGUCUGUUAAUUCAUUGAAUUACUUUUAAAAGUGACCACCAAUUUCACAUUAAAAGUAAUGGUUUGGUAUUUGGUAAAACUGCCUUUCUUGCUGUGUUCGAUAAGGAGACUGAUACCACUGUUGUGUCGGUACAGUUAAUGUGAAGCAAUAGACAAUAGCUAGUUAGCUUAGCUUAGCUCAAGACUGCACACUGAGGAAAUGGCUAGCCUGGCUUUGUCCAAAUGUUCUAGUGUUUAUGCUAUGAUAAUUAUCAACUGGCUUCAGAUUUUACAGUGUAUAUAUAACAUGCAAACAUGAGUGGUAUCAAUUAAUGAAACCUGAAGCAGUUAGCUUAGCUUAGAAUAAAGACUGGAACCAUAAGGUAAUGGUGCCACCUACUAACACUUCUAAAAACCCAUUUAUUAAUGCAUUAUAUCUUGUUUGUUUACUUAGUAUAAGCAUUGGGUCUUGUCAUCAAAACACUGCCACCCAAAAUCCAUCAAAAAAGAGAUAUAACAUGUUAAUAAGUGAGCAUUGAGAUGCUCAUAGGUAUUUUUUGUAGCCUUUGGACAGACCCCGGCUCGCUGUUCCUUUGUUUCCAAUUUGUAAUGCUAAGCAAAAGCUAAGUCAACCAUUUUAUAGCUACAUAUAUCUUCUAUUUAAUCUAUAGACGUGCCAGUGGUAUUUUCUCAUUUAAUGCUGAAUUAAAAAGUGCAUAUGUGUAUGUCCCCAAAUGUCAAACUGCUCCUACGAGCGCUGUACAGUAGGCUGACAAUAGGCCACCAACACGUCUUGUAAACAAAUUUACUUAGUCUUUAUUUUAUCAGUUUAUUUCAUGUGUUGAGUUUAUCUCAACCCAGUCUACUCUUUUUUUUUCCUGCUGGCUGUAAAACUCUGUGUAAAAGAUGAGGCUCAAAGAUUCCAAUUUGCACUUUGAAAGCAUUCUUUAGAACCGCCUUUGAGUGUUGUUGGUGCUGUUGACAUGCUCAGAUACAGUAUGAUAAGAACGGGAUGUUUUGUUCUGUUCUUUCACAAACGUCAUGUACUAGGCACUAUGCACAAACUGGUCAAAGUAUGGAAACUAAUGUUUUAAGCAUUUAAAGCAGCAGCAGCACCUUUAAAAUUCUGGUUGUUGCAUCUCUUAUUGCAGUACUUUUUUGUAAAGUGUAUCAUGUACCAAAGAUCAUUUAUAGUUCUGUAUUUUCUAAGCAAUAGUAUGUGCCUUAACACUGGAUAAGAAAUUACAAAUGUUUGCAUAUGAUGCUGAAUCAGUAUUUGUUUCAAGAUGAUGGUGUAUCUAUGUACAGUGAUGAGCAGUUUGUGUUGAUGUAGAUAAUACAUGCAAUGUGGUUUCCUUCCUCCUGUCUGCUUUUUGCACACGGUGCUUUCUUCUGGCAUGCUGUUCAGAUUCUGACUCCGCAGUCUGUCCAUUUUGGUUUUAUAGCUUAUAGUUUAUAGCUUCUAUCUGUUCUGAGCUUUUGGCGUCGCACUUUAUGUGCCAGAAUGAAGCUCAAGUGUAUUCACUGCUGCAUUGCCACGAAUUCCUCACAGAAACGGUCACACUCACCACACACAGAUAUCCAAGCUCUGUUCAUUGUUUUUUUUUUCAUUAGCAUUUUGGUUAUGAGGCAGACCAACAUUUCACAUUUGACAUCUACUAUUAAGCCUUGAGUUCCUCAAUCAAGGUAUUAAUCUAAAUAUCUCACAGACUUGACCUCAUUUAGGUUCUGCUUCAGUCCAGCCUCUUGAAAUAAAUGGGCUGUUGCCAGCUGGAAACACUGAAGAGCUCCAGUCCACAACAUAACAUUACACCACCUCAUACAUGUCACUAUCUUGGGAAAACUAUAUUUUAGGUUUUGUUCAGAUAUACUGUACAUGUUCUUUGUCCUUUGAGUAAUUGGAAAUUACUUGUAUAAUUGCUGCUUGUGAACAAAAUAAAAGAGAAGUAUUUAUCCUU